AUGCCCCUCAACGCAACUAUCGCUGCCGCUACCAUGCGGUCGGUGGCCUGGGCCGGCCAAGUCAACAACGUGUCCGUUAUUGAUGUACCGGUUCCCACCAUCAUUAACCAGACCGAUGCCAUUGUUCGCAUUACCAGCUCUGCCAUCUGUGGCUCCGAUAUGCACUUUUACCAUGGCUACACCGGCGCCGACAAUAUUCCCUGGGGCCUUGGACACGAAGCUGUCGGUUACGUCGAGUCGGUUGGUAGCUCUGUCUCGUCCCUUACCGUCGGCGAAUACGUUAUUAUCCCCGAUAACGCCCACGACGGUCACUAUGGGCAGGAGCACCCUCUUUCCUUCGGUUCGGGUAAUGAGAACUAUGGUGGUCUGCAAGAUACUGACAUUACCAACCAAGCCGAGUAUGCCCGUGUUCCCUUUGCCGAUAUGUCCCUUAUCCCGAUUCCCUAUGACAACCAAACUGGCAACUUCACCAAGGAGAUGGACUACUUGAUGGUCUCCGAUGUCUUUACCACUGGCUGGCAUGCAUUGACCUACAGCGGUUUUGAGCCCGGUGACAGUAUCGCUGUAUUCGGUGCCGGACCUGUGGGCCUCCUUGCCGCCUACUCCGCUUUGCUACGCGGUGCUUCUCGCGUCUACUCCGUGGACCAGGUGCCUGACCGUCUCCGCCUCGCUGAGUCUAUCGGUGCUAUCCCAAUCAUGUUCAAUGCCUCCGACCCAGUCGAACAGAUCUUGGCCCAGGAGCCCAAUGGUGUCACUCGUGCCCUUGACUGUGUUGGGUUUGAGUCUGUGAAUGCUACCGGAGCUCGCGCCGAUGGUCUGGUACCUCGCCAACUCAUGAAUGUUGCCGCCCAGCAAGGAGGUAUUGCCAUCGCUGGUGUCUACACUGGUGGCCAGAACAGUACUCGCGGUGCCCCUAACGCCGGCACUGUCCCUGCAACCGUCCCCAUCUCAGUCUUUGAGCUUUGGUCCAAGGCCUUGACCGUUGGCAGUGGAAUUGUCCUGCCCCUCGAGCACGCCCACUCACUUGUUGACAUUGUCGCCAACGAACGCGCCUCUCCCAGCUUCGUUGUCAGCUCUGUUAUUGACAUUGAGCAGGCUCCGGAAUACUACCGCCGCUACAGUGAACACCUGGAGCACAAGGUUGUCAUUCGCUUCCCUUAA